UAUUUAAAUUUAAUUUUAAUAAAUAAGUUUUAUUUUCAAGAAAAUGUAGCGCUUCUAUGCGUAAAGAUGUUAUUAUAUUUAUUGUCAUAAUGUUAUCUAAGUAUUUUAUUUAUUCGUAUUCAUGAUAGUUAAUACGAUCAAAGCAGAUCUAGAGCAUAUAUAGUGUAUUUAUAAUUACAAUUCGUAUAGCUAAAUUUAUUUAUUAUACAACAAAGCCUAAACUUCUUUUGCUUUCAUGCAAAGCGUUCUAUGGCAUUUUCAACUUCAAAUCCUGUAUACUGAAUCUCAACCAUGUUUUUGGGUUUUUUGGAGAGGAGGGCAUGGCCCCCAUGACCCACAUGUCCCCUUCCACGAAGUUGUGCGUGGGUAUCAGUUAUUCUUUAAACCUGUACAGAAUAUUCGUACGUGUUAACUUUCUCAUCAUUUAUUUAAUUAUUCAUUUUGCAUAAAACAUAUUCGAUAAAUAAGGAAUUGAAUAAAUAGGUAUAUUGUGCAUUUUUCUCAAGAUUCGUUAUUCAUAUUUACCGUUUCCAUAUUAAAAAGGACAGCAUGUUGGUGAAAGCAUGAUUUCGAUGAUUUAAACUAAAAUCCAGUUUUAAUGCUAUUACUAUGAGUCAUAAUUCAUUGCAUUGUUAUUUUGCUGUUCAUUAAACUGCUACUGAGUAAAAUGUACAUAGGUAACUUAUUUAAGGGAAAAUCACAUUAAACAUAAAAUAUAGGAAGUUUAUAUUUAUUUUUUCAUAUGUAACACUUAUUUAUUUUUAUUCCAGACAAAUGGAAUAAUGUUUUUAGAAUAUAUUAGAUAUUAACAUCGUUGCUAAAUUAUUGAUUUCUUCAUCCCUCGCCGUGUGUAUUCUCGUUAAUUAAUUAAUUUUUUAAAUAAAUUUUUUCAGAAUUUCUUUGCUUAUAAUUAUCCAUAGCAGGGCACUAAUUAUACUAACUACAUCUCUGGCUUUGCUACUCGGGAUACCUGCCGUGAGGCGAACGGCUUCUAUGAAUAGAAGUGUCUACACUAAUAAGACUCUGUGUGUAUGUAUGGACUCGCGCACGCGCUUAUGUGUCAGGUGGCCACUAUCACUUCAAAAACAACAUUAUGGAAAAAGAGCCGGAGGAACGCACGGUGAAAUGCAGUGGAGAAUUCUAUGAGAGAGGAUACAGCAAGAGAUGAUAGUUGGGAGGAUAAAAUAGGAAGUAGCAGGUGCAUGUGUGUGGUUGCUAGUUGCACGCCCACACGUAAGCGCGUACGUAUAAACAAAUAAGGUGCAACACGCUAGUUCACUCACUUGAAGAAUGCACCGGGAAAAACGGAAAAAUGUUGCUUAAUAAAAGAUAUAAAAAAGACAACAAGUGUCAACAUGAUUGUGAAAUCAGAUGCCACGUUUGAAAAUAUCUAUUUUAUCACACACACACACACACGUGCGCGCGCGCGCGUUUAUUUAAAUGCCAUUAGUGAAUUAAUAUAAUGUAGAAAGUUUUCCUAUUCACUACUUGAUGUGACGCGUGAACAAUAUCUCUCACGGAUUGAAAGACGAAAGCUACUCAUUGUUAUAUCCAGUGAAUGAAUAUUGUUUGUAUAUUGAGGGAUAUGCUUUUCAUAAAACUGCACCGAGUUGCCCGUCAUUUCCAGGAUUUCAACUUUGCGCGAAAUAUCUGCGCAACUGAAACAUACGUGCAAUAAUUUAGCAAUUCAAGUACGAUGAUGAUUGUUACUCAUGUUUAGCUUGGUAUUAAGUGCACCUGCACUGUAUCGCUAAUAUACUUUGAUGUUUAUGCUAUUCUUUGAAAAGAAUUGGAAUAAAUCAUUAACAAAUUAUUGUAAAGCCACGGAAAAUAAGAACAAAUUCGUAGCAAGUACAAUAAAUUACUCAAGUACAAUAAAUCACUUUGAAGAUAACAAGAGAAUAAAUAUGCAUCUAAAAAGUAACUAAAUUCCACCCAUCACCCUUCGUAUAGAACGUACAUUCUCACUUACGACACUUCUAGCUACGCUACUGAGCUUAUUAAAUACAUACAUUCACACACCGACUCGUAGUCGUCCGUUUACACAUAUAUAUGCCGUGUCCACGUAUUCGACGUGACACAGGAGCAAGCGAGAAAUCAAAAGCGGCAGAGAGAGAGGUCGAUAGUUGGUGGGAGUCGGAGCGGCGGAUGCAGUGGUGAUGGCGGCUGCGUUGGGUAUCCAGCCGGGGUAAGCCUGGUCGAUGUAGGACGAAGAAGACAGACCGGAGUGGGAGAGAGAUAGAGCCUAAGUCGGAAUGGAAAGACAGCCAGGUUGUCCGACGAGGUGGCAGGAGCGAGGGACGAAGCAGAGAGCGGCUGAGCCUGGUGCUGCUUCGGUCGAGCCUACGACGAGUAGAACGUUCGGAGAGAGGAGCCGAGGUCCCGUUGGCCCUGGUGGUUGGCCUGUACCGGGUGAGGCGUCAUGAAAGCGCGCCAGUCGACUGAAUACACCCACGGCAGCAUGAGAGCACAUUGAACGCCUCGUUCGCCUUCCGUUUUCCGACUGCCUUGCGUUUCCAUCAUCAGCGUUUCCGGCUGAUUUUCGAGCUUGCCGCUAACACUGGGCGAUCGAUAGCAACUAUCUCAGGGCAUUACUGCUGUUCAUCGCGGGAUACUUUGGGGUGACAGGGGUGAACUGAUGUGUCCGGGUUGGGGAUCAGCGGGUUUCACCGAUGACCGCGUAGCUGAUGGGACUCUCGCGGUCGGAAAAUCGUGGUCGGAGUAGUGAACGAGUGGUGCGAGUAGUGUUCUGAUUCCGAUACUGAUACUUCGCGGUGUUUGUUCUGACAAAGAGAAUUCUUGUGUGUGUAUGUGUGUUAUCAGAAGCGUUCGUCUGAAAUCUAGGUUCCUCCUAAUUCGUAUUUGAUGACAAUGCACCAGUGAAUUCCGUUCUUGUGUUAAUGAGGAUACGGAGAGCAGCGAAGACAAUGGCCUCGAAAUAAUGCUCAGUCAAUCGGCAGGAGGAUCGAGAGAGAAGGGAACAGGUGAGAAGAGACCGAGAAAGAGAGAGAGAGGCGGAAAGCUUGGUGGUUCGUCGGCUGAUAUGGCAGCCGCCGUUCCUACUACCGCGGUCCCUCGGCAUCUCCGCCAUCAUCGUCUUCGUCACUACUACCUCCGGCACCGGCGUAGCUGUCAAACUACUACCGAACAGGUGUUACCGCCAAGUCCCCGGAGUGGGAUGCACGUUUCUUUUUUGUGAUACUACACGCAUAGUGCAAUAGUCUCGAGGCAGCAUCCAAGUACCACCACAAUUGUUUCAAGUGACACACGUACAUUCCUCGCGCAUUCCUUCGACACUUAAUGUCGGACAUCAAAGGUGUACUUGUGAAUAUUGUUCCCCCGCGAUAUCGGUGAGUGUGUGCUGGAGUGAGGUGAAAUUACGUGGAAGAGUAGUUGUUCCGGAGGAACCGUAAUUUCCAUGGUAGUGAAGUCGAUUAAUUGACGAUGACGUAUCUGCAUAGAGUGCUCAGUCCACGACUGGUAUCCAAAUUCAAUGGCGUUCUCCUGCUGCUGCUGAUUCUUCUGGCUGAGGUCACGUACUCGGCUGAUCUCGCGAUCGAAAUACCAGGCAAUCUGAGCCAGGGUGGUUCCUGGUACCGUUUGGAUUACAGUCCGCCUGUCGGCUCUCCACCGCCGAACACUACCAUAGCUGCCACCGACAUCGGUGACGUCAUUAAGUUCAAGGACGGUCUACCUGGGACGAGAUACGAAUACUGGUUAUACUAUAGUAAUAGCACUCUUCAUGAUUGGUUGACUUGGACUGCGUCAAUUACAACACCACCUGAUCCGCCUUCAAAUCUGACGAUAUCAGUGCGAAAUGGAAAGACCGCGAUCGUGUAUUGGUCGCCUCCGGCCCAGGGGAAUUAUUCUGGCUUCCGGUUGCGGACGCAGAGUUUCAGCGAUACCGGAAAUCCCAAAACUAGCAUCAUCCCGAUCGAUUCGGUGCCCUACACUCUCCGAGAUCUCACACCCGGUGCCACGUAUUCACUCCAACUCUUCACAGUGCUGGAUGCCAAAGAGAGCGUCGCCUACACCAGCAGAAAUUUUACGACGAAGCCAAAUACUCCGGGGAAGUUUAUUGUCUGGUUCAGGAACGAGACGACGUUGCUGGUCCUGUGGCAGCCGCCUUAUCCUGCCGGGAUAUAUACACACUAUAAAGUUAGCAUAGACCCGCCAGACGCUAUCGAGUCCGUUCUCUACGUGGAAAAGGAAGGAGAACCACCUGGACCUGCACAGGCAGCUUUCAAAGGACUGAUUCCAGGUAGAGCGUACAACAUUUCCGUGCAGACUGUUUCCGAGGAUGAAACGUCCGCGCCUACUACAGCUCAAUACCGUACGGUACCCCUGCGUCCCCUCAACGUGACCUUUGACAAGUCCUCUGUGACGUCAACUUCCUUCCGCGUGUUUUGGAAUCCUCCCAAUGGAACGUCCGAGUUCGAUAAGUAUCAAAUAUCGCUCGGUAGUAAUCGGAGACUUGCACCGGUCACACGAAACCGCGAUGACGAGAGUAAAUGGGAAUUUAAAGAUUUGGAGCCUGGGAAAACAUAUCAAGUGGUUGUGAAGACGGUUUCCGGCAAGGUCACCAGUUGGCCGGCCAGCGGCGAUGUCACUUUAAAACCAUUACCUGUUCGCGACCUCAGGGCGGUGAUCGAUGAGAAGACUAGUAUGGUAGAGGUUUCCUGGAACUUGGAGAGUUCCAGUACACAAGACAGUUACAAAUUGCAAUAUCAUGAAGUGGAAACAGCAAUCGGUGGUGACAGCAAUACUUUGACAACUGAGAAAACAAAAGUUACUCUGGAAGCCCUCCUACCAGGGAGAAAUUAUUCUAUAAUAGUUCAAGCGAUUAGUAAUAGAGUCGAAUCAAACGAAACCGUCCUGUAUCAAGCGACACGUCCUGCUAGUCCCAUAAUCGAGGAUCUGAAGCCCAUCGAGAAGGGCUUGAAUAUUUCCUGGAAGAGCGACGUAAAUUCGAAACAAGAAAAGUUCGAAGUAACCCACAAUAGGAACGAUACCGGAGAAAGUGCAACCACGCUGACUACAGAAUCGCACAUUGUCCUGGAAGAUUUGUAUCCUGGUGCAGCAUACGAGGUCAAGGUCUUCGCCAUUAGCCAUGGGCUUCGAAGUGAACCGCAUGACUACUUGCAGGCCGUCUUACCUCACCCACCAAAAAAUCUCAGCAUCGAGAAAGUCACGAGCAACACUGUGGUCGUGCAUUGGGGUGCUCCUACAGACUCGAUAUUCACUGAGUAUUCCAUCAGAUACCGUACGGAGGACGAUCCUAGAUGGGUCAAACUCCCGAGCGUUCGUGACACGGAAGCGGAAGUGGCGGAUAUGACGCCCGGCGAGAAGUAUACCAUACAAGUGAACACCGUCAGUUACGGUGUCGAAAGUUUAUACCCGUUACAAGUAAACCAUACAGUCAGGCCUAACUCAGUUCUGAACAUCACGCCGGUUAUCGAUUCUACUAAUGUAACUCUUGAAUGGCCGCGGCCUGAAGGUCGUAUCGAAACGUACGUUAUCAGAUGGUGGCCGGUGGAGAACCCGGAAGAUUCGAGGACGAAGAACGUCAGCGAGAGCAACGAUGUUCCUUUCGAGGAAAGUGCGGUGCACACCGAGAAGAUCCUAGUGGACGAUUUGAUGCCCGGAGUACAGUAUUUCUUCGUCGUCUACACAGUUUCCUACGACCUGGUCAGCGAUAUCACUAAUUUAACCACGAGAACGAUGCCGCUGAUCCAGUCCGAAGUCGUCGUAGUAGUCGACCGUGAUCAACCGGGAUCGUUGACGCUGAGGUACACGCCGACGCCGAUUCAAUCGUCGAGGUUUGAUCUCUAUCGGUUCAGGAUUAGCGAUGAGCAUAAUACCACGAAGGAGCGUAUGGUGGACGACACCGACACCAAAGUUACAUUCGUUGGAUUAACACCUGGCAGAUUGUACAAUGUAACUGUCUGGACAGUAAGCGAUAACGUGGAGAGCAGACCUCUCCUACGACAAGAUCGACUCUAUCCUGAGCCGAUCACUGCAAUCCACGCGAUCGACGUGAACGACACGAGGAUUACGUUGACUUGGGACGUGCCGCGUGGCGAGUACGAUGCUUUUGAAGUACAAUACAUAAAUACAGAGGACAACUACAUCCAGAACAUAACGUCGGUCAACGUGAUCACUAUCUUCGAUCUGAAGCCACAUAGGAAUUACACGUUCACGUUGGUCGUACGUUCGGGCACGGAGUCUUCUUACCUGAGAGUCUCGAAUCCGCUAAGUGCCAGCUUUACCACCAGUGAGUCGUAUCCAGGAAAGGUGGAGAAAUUCCACCCUACCGACAUUCAGCCGAGCGACAUCAGUUUUGUGUGGUCCUUGCCCAGCCAGGAGCAGAACGGCAUCAUCAGAAAAUUUAGCAUUACUUAUGGUUUGGAAGGUUCGACUCACACUCAGACGCAAGACUUCAGGCCGAACGAGUUCCGCGGUGUCAUCAAGUCUCUCACGCCAGGCAAGACAUACAUCUUCCGAAUUCAAGCGGAGACGAAGAUCGGAUUUGGUCCCGAGGCAAUUUGGAAGCAGAGGAUGCCGAUCCUGGCACCACCGAAGCCGUCCACGCAGGUGGUUCCAACCGAGGUCUGUAGAAGCAGCACAACGAUCCAGAUCAGAUUCAGGAAGAAUUACUUCAGCGAGCAGAACGGUGCAGUUGUAUCCUACACCAUUAUCGUCGCCGAAGAUGAUAGUAAGAACGCUUCCGGGUUGGAGAUGCCCAGUUGGAGAGACGUCCAGGCCUACAGUAUUUGGCCCCCUUAUCAGGUGAUGGAACCGUACUACCCUUUCAAGAAUGGAUCAGUAGAGGACUUCACGAUCGGCUCGGAGAAUUGCGAUAACAAAAUCGGAUACUGCAACGGACCGCUGAAGUCGGGUUCUACUUAUCGAGUAAAGGUGCGCGCAUUCACAGCACCGGACAAGUUCACGGACACCAGCUACAGUUUCCCCAUUCAAACAGGAUUGCUGCUGGCAGAUAAGGACAACACGGCCAUCAUAGUAGGUGUUACCGUCGCCAUAGCGUUGCUGCUGUUUCUGUUGAGCGUUGGACUGUUCUUGCGAAGAAGACGGAGUCAAGGCCGAAAGACGACGGAAACCAGGGCAACUGAUAACUUGUCGUUACCGGACAGCGUCAUUGAGACCAGUCGACCUAUCAAAGUCGAAGAUUUUGCUGAACAUUAUCGCACCAUGUCGGCGGAUUCAGAUUUUCGAUUUUCCGAGGAGUUCGAAGAACUCAAGCACGUUGGACGAGAUCAGCCAUGCACUGCGGCGGAUCUUCCUUGCAAUCGACCGAAGAAUCGCUUCACAAAUAUUCUUCCAUACGAUCAUAGUAGGUUUAAACUUCAACCUGUCGAUGACGAGGAAGGUUCUGAUUAUAUCAAUGCCAAUUAUGUUCCGGGCCAUAAUUCACCACGGGAGUUUAUCGUAACUCAAGGACCGUUGCAUUCCACUCGUGACGAUUUUUGGCGAAUGGUCUGGGAGAGUAACAGCAGAGCUAUCGUGAUGCUGACGAGGUGCAUCGAGAAGGGCAGAGAAAAGUGCGAUCAUUAUUGGCCAGUAGACACUCUACCAGUUUAUUAUGGAGACAUUUGCGUCACGAUACUUAACGAGACACAUUAUCCAGACUGGAGUAUCACGGAAUUCAUGUUGUGCAGAGGUGAGAUAAAGAGAGUCAUACAGCACUUCCACUUCACUACCUGGCCGGAUUUCGGCGUUCCUAGUCCACCCCAGACCUUGGCAAGGUUCGUGCGAGCGUUUAGGGAACGUGUUAGGCCCGACCAGAGGCCGAUAGUGGUUCACUGCAGUGCCGGUGUUGGUCGUAGUGGGACCUUCAUCACCCUCGACAGGAUACUGCAGCAGAUUCUCGUAUCGAAGUACGUCGACAUUUUUGGCAUCGUUUGGGCGAUGAGGAAGGAGCGGGUCUGGAUGGUACAAACGGAGCAGCAGUACAUCUGUAUCCAUCAGUGUCUUCUGGCUGUCCUGGAGGGCCAGGACACCGCCGGGCCGCCUCGAGAGAUUCAUGACAAUCAAGGAUUCGAAGGCAAGAAUCGAAGCUCGGUCGAAAAUACUAAGAGUCCUGCUGAAGCUGAAAAGGAGAGGUGACCUUCGAACAGCGACUCCUGCAUCGAUGAUGACGAAGGAAUAGCUGAAUCAGGAAUGUGAUGUUUUGCUUACUAGUUGAUGACUGGAGCAAAAACUGACGAUAACGGAUAUGGUUUUUCCAAAAGUUUAAAUCUUUAAGACACUUCAUGUUUCCUUGGAGAGAACAAGGAAAUAGAAAUUGAGUAAGAAAUAGUUCAAGAAAUAACAACUUGGAUCUGAUGAAGAUAAGGAUGCAAGGGCGCAACAUUGACUAUUUGGGAAUUAAUUAGAUCACAGAUACAAGGCGAAAAUUAAUGAAAACAAUUCCUUGGAAGAGGACACUUCCUAAUAGUUUAUGUUACAUAAUAAUAAGUGAGCAUACAUUUCUAUUCUUCUAUCGACUACAUAUCGAGGAAAAGCGUGUUCAAUUCGUGAUACACGUAGAAUAGUUGUUUUAUGAUUAACAAUAAUUAUAUUUUAAAAAAUAUAAAAACGAACAAUAAGAGACGAGACGCGGAAAAAGAAUGCGGAACAGUAAAAGAAUGCGAAACAGAAAUCAGGUAUAUAUGCUGCCAAGUACAGGAUGAUGAAUCGAAUGCAUGUAUGAUCGUUCUACAUUGUACAACGGUCGAAAAUUACGUCUUUAUUAAUACAACGUGCGUAUGCGUGUGCGUGUGUAUGGGAUGUGUGCAUAAAUAAUGAGAAACUGAUAAGACGCACGAUUUUGAUUUCGUAUAUAAUGACAAGUGCAAAAGUGUAUAUUCCACUGGUCGUCGCGAUAGGACUUCGGGGUCACAUCGCAUCCGCAAUAAGUCCAUUGAAUGAUAUAUGUUUGCAAAAUGUUAGUGUACGAGAGACGAACGGCGCUUUAGUUUAAUCGACAUGAACAUUAAUGAAUUGGAGUUUUAGUUCCUCUCGAUGUGAAUACUUUCCUAAGACUACCAAUGUUACUUUGUUCAUGUUCUAUGUUUCACGAAUGGCGAUUAAUGUUGUCUUGUCAUUUUUUAAAUUUCGAUGAUGUGAAAGUAGUUGCAACAAAUGAAUCUCAAGUGCGAUACGUCGCGAGAACGAAGCGCAAAAGGUCCAUGAUCACGCUGGUUGAGUUAUUGUCCAAAGCAGCGAACCACCGUUUGCUCAAGAAACAUAUUAAACGGGUCAAAUGAUGAUCUAAUAAACGAUAAUAUUUUAAUGUUAAAGCAAAUUUUCUAGAUAGAAAAUUGAAAAAGACGAGCGAGUAUAAAUGUGCGGAGCUUUUAAUCUUCUUUCCGAGAUGGCCGAAGGGAUAUCAGUGGGAACAAGAAACUCGCAUUUUCGUAGAAGCCAUAUCAUUUUUCGAACAAUUUUUACGCUGCGUGCGUGUAUGUAUGUACACCCGCGCGUGCUUAUGCGUGUAAAUAUGUCCGCAUGUUGCAUGCAAUUAAUUGAUAAUUAAUUGAAACUAAGAGUGAUACAUUGUCCUCUUCCAUUAUAGAGAAUUGUAGUCAUAUCCCAUUGAAAACUAAAAGAAUCUCACGCUUCCAGACAAAUAAAGCAGCAAAAUUGCUUUAUUGUAAUAAAACUAAAGUCGUACAUAGAUGAUAAUUAUCAAUCCCGAACGGAUGAUUUCAACCUUUAGUUUUAAUAUUGCAGUUCAAAGUUCAAUUUUAAUCACUGGUGACAGUUUGCAGGAAAAAUUGAACAAUUAUUAAUUUCUGUAUACAAUGUCACUUUUGCGGCAAAAGAUAUGUGUACUUAAUUAUAUAUUCUUGACCAGUACGUGGCAGAAUAUAAUUGAUCACAUGUUGUAGAUAAUUUUUUUUAUAAUUGAGGAUUAGUUAAAUUUUUCGAAGAGAUCAAAUCAAGAAUUCGUAUUCAUCGAUGUUGUUUGUUUAGAUAAGCAUUUUUGCGUCAGCCGUAUUGCGAAAAAAGAUCACAAAUGUAUCUGAUAUUUCUAUUAAUUCGCUGUUUAUUUGAUAAAUUCGUAAUUGUGUGAUAUCGUAUAUAAUUAAUAAUUAACUAAAACAGCAUAUCACUUAGAGAUAAAACUAUCUAUUUCGAGUGCAAUUUAUUUAAAUGGAAAGUUUUUUUAUAUUUAUCAUGUAAAGCGGAUUAGUAAAAGUUCGAUUUUAUCCAUCGAAAUUAUGUGCGAUAAUCUUAUACAAUUGUAUUCUACAAGUUGAUAAUAAUUGUAAUGCUGUGGAUACUGCUGUUGAUAAGCUAUCCAUGUAAUUUUAUUCGCGAUAUCUGCAGAAAGCAUAUCCGAGAAAGAUCAGAAAGGAACAAAUAUCAAAUUUUUUACUAAUAACGCUGUUUGCGUAUAAGAGUCUCCAAUGCAUGUAACGUUACUUGCAUCUGGAUUUGUAGAGCACUUAAACGUUAUCGUUGACAUAAUUCGAAGGUCGAUGAUCAUUCUUAAUACUCACAAGAGAAGAGAGGUUUUAGAUAUUAAGAAAUUUAUUUAUUUUUGUGCUUUAGUGCGAAGUGGACAUUACCGGAGUGUCGCGUAGCACAAAUUAUACGCUGAUAUAUUAUAA